AUUUAUGGGAUGCAGACAAAGGGAGAUUUAGGCACUUUCAACACAUACUCAUGUCAGAGUGUCCUAAAAACCUCAGGAUCACAUGCCUUAUUGGAGGAGUUUUCUACAGAGAACAGAGCGUCCUUCAGUAUCUUUUCUCCAGAAGACUCCCUCCUCUCUGGUCUGCUGCCAUGCCACUGGCUUUUAUCCUGACAGAGCUGAUCUGUUCUGGAGGAAAGAUGGAGAGGAGAUUCAUGAGGGUGUGGAGAAGGGACAGAUCCUACCAAACCAUGAUGGAACCUUCCAGAUGAGCUCAGAGCUGAACGUUUCAUUGAUCAAACAUGAGGACUGGAGGAGGUAUGACUGUGUGUUCCAGCUCUCUGGACUAGCAGAAGACAUCGUCUCCAUGCUGGACAAAACCCAGAUUCAGACAAACUGGGUUUCUCCUUCAGAGUUUCCAGUUGGUCCUGUUGUUGGAGGAGCAGCUGGAGUGGUUCUGCUCCUGGUGAUCAGUGGAGUCCUCUACUGCUGUUGGAGAAACAGAAAUGACUUCCAGCCUGUUGAUGAUGGUCUAGAAAAAGAAGAAUCUUCAAAAAAAGGAUCCAAAACAUCCCAAGAAGAAUUUUCUUCAGCUGAUGAACAGUUGAUUUGUACAAAAUAGACACAGAAACACUACAGUUGAUUUCACUAUAAGCAACACAGAUGGAAUGAAAUAGUGAAGACUGUAUUGGAGGUGAAGCUUCUGGAAAUAAGUUCUGAUCCGUGCUGACAGUGAACGCCUGAGACGGAUCCUGAAUCAACUCUGGAACCAGGAACCAAACAGAACUUCUAUCUGCAUAGAGAUGUUCUUAGAGUAUUACUAUACUUUACUGUUACUAUACUGUAACUUUGAGCAAAUGUGUUAUUUUAGUAUUACUAUCCAUGAUUUUAGACACAAUACAAUUUUUAUCUGGACUUUUGUAAAGAAGUAAAGUCUGUGGGAAUGCAUAUGUGGCAUAAUUCAUGUUUUAAUGUAAUUAGAAGAAUCCUGCAUAAAUCAUUGAUUCAGGUG